CAAGGGGCAGCAGCAAGCCAAGGCGGCGGCAUCGUCAUCAUCAGUGCUGCAUCGGGUCCCCUGGCGCCGCAUCCUGCUUGACGAGGCGCACUGCAUCAAGGACCGCCGCAGCUCCACCGCGCGAGCCGUCUUCGCGCUGUCCUCGCGGUACAAGUGGGCGCUCAGCGGCACGCCGCUGCAGAACCGAGUGGCCGAGCUGUACAGCCUGAUCCGCUUCCUGAGGAUCUACCCCUACGCCUACUACUUUUGCCGCAAGUCGUGCAAGGAGGGCUGCGACUGCACCUCCCUCGACUACCCCUUCUCUCCGGGCAGUCGAGCCUGUGUGCGCUGCGGUCACUCGCCGCUCUCACACUACUGCUGGUGGAACAGGUACGUGGCCAACCCCAUCAAGAAGUACG